AUGUCGCUCGUUGCAAAUGAGGAGUUUCAGCACAUUCUGCGUGUGCUCAACACUAACGUUGAUGGGAAGCAGAAGAUUAUGUUUGCCCUUACCUCAAUCAAGGGUAUUGGGAGGAGAAUGGCCAACAUUGUCUGCAAGAAAGCCGAUGUUGACAUGAACAAGAGGGCUGGUGAGUUAACUGCAGCUGAGCUUGAAAACCUCAUGACGAUUGUUGCAAACCCAAAACAGUACAAGAUUCCAGACUGGUUCUUGAACAGACAAAAAGACUACAAAGAUGGAAAGUACUCUCAAGUUCUCUCCAAUGGUCUUGACAUGAAGCUCAGGGAUGACCUUGAACGUCUCAAGAAAAUCAGGAACCAUCGUGGUCUGAGACACUACUGGGGUCUCCGUGUCCGUGGACAGCACACCAAGACAACUGGUCGCAGAGGAAAGACUGUUGGUGUGUCUAAGAAGCGUUAA